AUGACACUCAUUCAGAAUUCACCUCCAAGAGGUGUUUUCUUCGGUACAAGGCGACCUUUAGUAUUUUACAUAUGUGGAGGAGGUGAAGGUAUACGAUAUGUGAUCGAGUCAAACGGAGGAGUAAUCACCGAUUCAAUGCCAGCAGCACAAAUCGUUAUAUUCAACCGAGACAUCACCCCUGAGAUCUUGUGGCCGAUUUCAGUGGAGGAAAGGAAAGUGUUUGAAGUUGUUCAACGAUUAGGGGGAGUCCAACCUGUCUUAUCUUCCCUGUGGAUCUAUCGAUCUUGUAGAAAAAACAAGUUGCUGGAAAGAUCGGAAUAUACCAUUCAAAUUGGUGUUUAUCAGAUUAUUCCACCGUCAACAAUUGCAGUCAGCACGACCCCAAUUCCGACUGUAUCCGCAGGAUCUCGGCCCACCACAUCCGCUACUACGGCGCUCAGCAUUCCAUCAACACCUGGUCAGCAUCAACCACUGGUCCUGUCUCCACCACCCGAAGCAUCUCACACUCUACCUGCACCUCCAGUUCAAACGGAACUCGGGGUUGUUCCAAUUGUAUAUCCUCCUGCUCUGCCACAACCGAUCACGAGAGAAAGACAGACCAACAACAGCAUAUCAUCGACACUGAUCGGCGCCCGCUCAUCCCAGCAGAUCGUUGCCCCUCAAACCAUCCGACCACUUUCGGGAGCUGCAUCCCACGAGAUAAGAACAGAACAGGCGCAUUCGAUCUUGGCCGAUGAAUUGUAUCGAUUCGCUCACAAGAGAAAACAAGUGACGGAGAAUGAUUUGAAAGUAUUUCUCAAGGACUUGGAAUCUAAGCGAAAGGAAAGAUAUUGGCAAAGGUUUUAUCCAAGACAUCACGAGAGAAUAGAUACUAUCUUAACGGAGAAAGGUCUAAAUCCCAAAGGAUGGCAUAACUACCCAACUAAGGCGGUGAAGGAUAAGGUAUCAAAAUCAGGGAUGAAAGGUUGGGCUUGGGUGGUGGAACCUGUAGAUCCGAUCGUUGAACCACGAUCCCAACCGUAA